GCGGAAUUAUCUUGAAACUAAAGCUCGCAAUGAAGUUUGCUUGAGCAUAACUGACUUUGCGUCUUCUUGAAAAAAAUCAAAACAUCUUCGACGAGCGAAAAUAGUUUGAGCCACGUUAAAACGCGUAAACUACACUGUUGAAUCGGUAAUACUCCACGUUAACGUAAAGUUGUACCAUUGAUAGAGGGAGUGAAUGUAGCAGUGAAUAAGGUAGCUUUACGGUAAAAUUGGAAGACGAGCUGCAUUGCCUUCCGAAGCGGUUUGUCAUUGAUAGUACGGCAAACGGAGCGAAUUUGCAUCAGCCAAGCGGUCAAGCAUCGUUCAUUCCGGCUCCACUUUCCCUAGCAAUUAUACGAUGGGGGUCAUUAUAUCCAGAUUUCGGAAAGAGAAAAGCACUUUCCAGAAAUUGGAAGAAUUGGAGGAAAAAAUCAAAAGUCUCGAAGCAUACACAAUCAGCACCCAGGAGCGGCGGAAACGUUUCGUGGGUCGAUUUUUAGUUACAUCGAUCGUGCUGUACGUGGUGGCAUCGUUGAUUUUUUAUUUCGUCUUCUUCCCGCCAACGUGGAGUGAACGGAUCGUCCAUUCCGUGCCCUUACUCAUUUGUCCUAUACUCAUUUUCAUCCUUAAACGGGUUCUAGCAUGGCAUUACGAACGAAAGUUACGAUUAAAUGCGAACAAGCUGAAGGAUCUUCGGGCGGACAAAAAGAAGAUCCUGGAAAAUGUGAUGGAAAAGGAAACGUACAAGGUGGCUGUAGAAAUAUUGGACAAAUUCGGUGAAAAAUCACACCGAAUCCAAACGCAAGCAUUCAACGCUUCAUUAACGCCUUUGCGCGCUCCAAAACCGAUGCCCGUUGGCCAACCGGUGCCGCGUAUGCAGUCUCCAAACCUGCCACAAAGACAGGUGUCUCCUCCGUCGAUGACAGUACGCUCUGCUACACCGAUGACACCGCAAAUGCGACCAAGCGGUCCAAUUCACACACCUCAAACAGCUCCCAGUUUGAUGGUGAGACCGCCACCCCAUCUGCAGCAAAGUCCGAUGUACGGUGCGCGAAAUAACGCCGUCUACCGAAGAACUCCGUUCCCCAUUAUCAACCAAAACGAAAAGGGAGUUCUGGAAAAGAUGGUCGAUUACUUAGUGGGUGAUGGACCGACCAAUCGGUUUGCCAUGAUUUGCUCCGAAUGCUGCAUGCACAACGGUAUGGUUCUGAAGGAAGAAUACGAGUACACUGCUUUCCGGUGUGCUUUUUGUAAUGCAUUGAAUCCGGCGAAAAAGCAGCGCCCCGUUGCUCCCCGCCUUCCUUACGAGCAGCAACAGCUUGACCGGCUUUCGCAAAAGCCUGACACAAGCUCUGGCUCGGAAGCGGAAGACGGGGAAGAACUCUCCUCCGGAUCGUCUCAAUCAGGCGAACCUCGUAGCCCCGGCGUAGGAGAGGAAGAACCAUUUGAACCAGAACAGCAGGAGGUUAAGGAAGAGGAUGUGCGAAAUGUGGCGCGAAGUGAAACGGAAAACGCAUCCGAUGUUGUCGCUAGUACCGGCGACGAUGAAGGAUCCGCCCAAAACGAUGAUGUCGAACCAACAGCCGAUAACCCCGACAGUACCGAAGUGCCAAGUAGACCGGAAACCGUGGGCUCGAAAAAAGUGGACUGAACUUGUUUUACUCUAAUCAAACUUGUUGGUUUGUUGGUUGUUUCCUUAUACCGAUCUAAAUGUUAUGCUCCUCUGAAAAUUUUAUCCGACUAUUCUUCAUUUUACGGCCUAUUGCUACUAACGCACCACAACACCUCGUUGACCAGUUGACAAUUGAUUGUAUGCGCGUGCAGUCCGCAAACGCGAGCGAUCUCGAAUGAUUGUACUCAUUAGAUUUCACACCUUUUCUGCAAAAGCUUUUCAUCGAACGGUUUGAGCGCCGUGUAAAUAUCUUGCAUUUAGGAGUACUGAGCACCGAGCACGGAAUAGUUUCACUAGUCAAAUAAUACAUGGGAAAGACAAAUCUUUUGGAGAAUAUUUGUGAAAAUCGCUGCUGGCAAAAAAAAACAAAACACACACACGCACGGUGAUCAUUCAAGAGUGAAAGUAGUGUUCUUUAACAAUUUAAGUGAAACUCUUUGCCAACGCUAUAGAACGUGCCUAACUCGAACGUGGAGUGAAAGUAGCGUAGUAAUGUGACAUUAAUCAAUAUUUAAAGCAUUUUCUUCUGUUUCCUUUUUUUCUGUACAAGCGUACAAUGUGUUAGCGCACGUGUGGGAUCUAUAGUUAAAAAUGCUAGCAAAAGUAAUAGGAAAAAGACUCGUUUGUUGAUCUUGUACGCUCUUGUUGUAAUUAUAGUACUUAUAGUAAGGCCUUGCAAUAAAAAACAAACAUUAAAUUUUGUCUAAAA